GAUGUUUACAAAGAUUAAUUAUAUACUACAUUGCAAUCGUUUAUACUACCUGUAAAAUGUCCUAACAAAAAGGUAUUUCAAUGUUUGCCAGUCAGAAAAGGAAAAACUGUCUUGUAUGAAAAUUUCAAAAGACUGACUACGCAAGAAUGUUGAAAGCAAUUCACAGAUGAAGAAAAACGAAAGCAUCGACAGGGACAGACUGUCAAGUCAAUGUGAACUACCAGAGGCGAUUAAAGCGACAUCUGUCGCAUUAAAUCUUUGUUUGGCCAAUAAAUUUUCACAAGCCAGAGAACAGUUGCGACCAUGGGCAAAGGAAAGCAUGUACCAUGCCCUAGGUUAUGGUACUAUCAUGUCUUUGCAAGCUUUGAUGACUUUUGAUAAGGUUUUGAUUGAUGACGCUGGUCAGAGCAUAAAGUCUGCAUUACAAGUUUGUGAAAGAUUUCGUCGGAAACAAUCAUGGUCAGAAUCAUUAACCAGCUUUUUAUGGAAGCCUUCCUACGAGAACGCUACAGAAGAGGAACUUCAUGCUGAAUUGUGUUACGCAGAGUGCCUCCUUCAAAGAGCUAUUCUGAAUUUUGUUGAGGACGAAAGUUUACUGUCUUUUGUCAAAGGUGGAUUAAAAAUUCGAAGCAGUUAUCAUACGUACAAAGUAUGUUAUGAUAUGAUGGAAGACAUCGAACAACGCAAUCAAUUAUCGUCCAUGUUCACGGAUUUCAAGGGGGGAGUGAACUUAGGAUUGGGAACAUUCAAUUUGCUUUUGUCUCUUUUACCUGGAAAAAUAUUAAGGCUUCUCGAGUUUGUUGGUUUCUCUGGCGACAAGUACUAUGGAUUAAGCUUACUUGAUCAAGGCUUUCUUGAUGAAGGUCUAAGAUCACCUCUAUGUGCCAUGACAAUCCUCGCCUAUCAUACCGUUAUUACGUAUGUUCUAGGCAAUGGAGAUGGAAAUAGCGAUUAUGCGCAUAAAAUAUUAAAGCCUUGUAUCAAGUUAUUUCCAAAGGGAGCGAUUUUCUUGUACUAUGAUGGUCGUGUCAAACACGUUGAAUGUUACCUGGAUGAGGCAAUAAUCAAAUACAAUGAGUCCAUUAAAUCUCAGUCGGAGUGGAAGCAGUUUCAUCAUUUAUGUUACUGGGAGUUGAUGUGGUGUUAUUGUUUUAAACGUAAUUGGAAAGAAGCUUAUGGUUAUGCCAAAAAAUUAUUGUCGGAAAGUCGCUGGUCUGCGUGUUCCUAUAUGUAUUUCUGCGCUGUUUUCAAACUUAUGGCAAGAAUUGAUCCUAAAUGUGAAUCGUUAUCUAUCCAGAACGAAACUGAACAAGAUAGUGAAGAAAACAUGUUCAGAAAAGCUCCUGAACUUAAACAAAGAAUUGCUGGAAAGUCCAUUCAGUUCGAAAAGUUUUCAAUAAAAAGGUGUAAGGAUUAUUUUGAUAAAGAAAACUUCCUUUGGCUGCCUGCUAUUGAAUUGAUAUUCUUGUGGAAUGGCUUUAGAAUCAUUUACAAAAAACCGAAUUUAGUAAAGAGUUUGUUGGAAUUAGUUCACGAAUCACAAAGAAAGCAGUCAAUAACGAGACGUGAUGGAAAUGUCUACAAAAUCGAGGAUGUAUGUCUGUUGAAAUUGUUGGAAGGGAUGUGUGUGAGAUGUUUACAACAAACUGAUUUAGCUAUGGUUUGUUUUCAGCAAGUUUUAACGCACGAGGACAAUUUUGCUCGCGAGAGCUAUCUACCAGCUUAUACGUGUGCAGAGGUUGGUUUUAUGCAUUUGGACAAGGAAGAUAUAAUAACUGGGAAAAAAUACUUGGAAAUGGCCAGCAAAAAAUAUCAUGGCUAUAUCCUGGAGAAUCGUCUGCGUUUUAGAAUUCAUUCCGCUUUACAAGACAUAGAAUGCAAUCAAUACAAUUUCCCACGUACAAUCGAGAGCAAUGUUGACAUAGAUGUAGACUCACCUAGCGAAAACGUGACGGGAAACGUUAGUGAAAAUUUAGACAAAUCUGACAAGCCUUGUAGCACUGUUGAAGUCAAACGUUACCACGAAACAGCCAUAUAAUUAUACUUAGAUCUAUGAACUGUGUGAAUAUAUAAAUUUAGUGAAGUUUUCGUUAUUUACGCUCGUAUAGGUAGGUAAAUAUUUAUUUUACAGACAGUUUGUCGAUCGUUUAAUUGUUGUGGUAGAUAUUAAAAUAAAAAUAUAAAAGAUUGCA